AUGCCUAUUGAUGGUCUCCUCGAACUGUAUCGGGGCCAUGUCGUCCCUAAGGAAUACAAUGCGGGAUACGUCGCCCUGAGCUAUCUCAUCAGUCUCGUGGGCGCUGCUUCCACUCUAGAAUUGAUCAAUCGGAGAUCAUGGUUCAACGGUAUUUCGAAUCACUUGGUGCUCGUGUCCUCAGCGAUCACCAUGGGCGGUAUAUCAAUAUGGUCUAUGCAUUUUAUCGGUAACCAAGCCCUCACUCUCGGCCGAGGGGAGGCAGAGAUGCAAGUCGACUAUUCCAUUGGCAUCACAGUACUCUCUUUUUGGAUGCCUGUCAUCUUUCUUCUCGCCGCCUUUUACGCCAUCGGAAUCUCAAAUCGAAUUGCUUGGUGGAGAGUCAUCACAGCCGGCAUCCUAUGUGGUUCCGCCAUUUGCGGAAUGCACUACCUGGGUAACGCGUCAAUCAAAAACUAUGAAUGCAUCUAUAGCAAGGUUUACAUCGUCGGGGCUGCUAUAAUUGCCGUCGUUGCCAGUACUGUCGCAUUAGCAAUGUUCUUUAUCUUGCAAUCUCUAUCGGGUGGUACUUGGUGGAAGCGAACAAUAUCCGCUUUUGUACUGGCUGGUGCAGUAUCCAGUAUGCACUGGUGUGCAUCUGUUGGAACCGAGUAUCGACUUGUUCGGCUUAGAAGAAUCCAGGAAAACUCACGCACUGCAACUGUAGUAGCAGUUAUCUGUUUGUCUUUCGGCGCUUGUAUCAUCAUUGCUGGAUCAGCUAUCCUUCGGGCCCGUACUCUCAAACAAGCAGCUCGUCGUGCUCAGCAAAUCGAACUGGGCGCUAUUGUGUUUGAUAAGAACGGCCGCCUACUUAUUGAUUCUAAUGGAGUGUUCCCUAGUACUGUCGUUACUGAUUUCUUCAUUGGCGAGAACAAAAAGGAACGAUUCAACACUUCGCAUUCUCAAUUUGCUUGGAUGUUCCAGGCCUCACGUAAUUGGAUUGGUAUUUCAGGACUAAUCAAUGGAAUGAGACGGCAUCUUGAACAGUUGCCUCACAAGAGCCGCCACAGGGACGCCAAGAAGGGUAUCCAGCUCAUCACCGACGAUGGGAAACUUAUCGAAGGAUACGAUGUCAUCUUCCGUGAGCUCUUCUGUGUCGCAGCUGCCGAGCUCAGUGAUCAGCUCAAUGAACCUCUUAUCAACGUCGGCGUUCUAUGGGACGAGGUAUUACCCAAGGAAACAGCAUCCAACCAAGCAUACCUCCAGGCACUCGAGAAGUACAGGGCCACUGGCGACUCUAGCGAGACAAGUUCCAAGGGCGCAUCUGAGCAUCACAACAUGGAGAAAGAAGUCGGACUCGAGGAAGAGAUAGAUGGACGAGGUGCGCUGAUGUUCUUGGUUCGCCGCCUUACAUCAGACGAAGAGAUGCAAAGACUGGUAUCAGCUGGAUACCGCUUUGUCGAUCCUGGUCAAGUCAGCAACAAUUCGAGGUUUCACCAGCAGAUUCAGUCAACCGAGUUCAAGACAAAGCUUCGCGAUAUGAGAAUCUUUGUUGAUCAGAAAAUUCGGAUCAAGGCCGGAGUUCAUCUUGGCUUCUUUGCCAUCCAGGAUACAGGAGUCAACAAACCCCAAGUUCUGGUCCGAAAAGAUGCUCGCCAUUUGCUUCCUUCAAUACCGUUACCAAUGAAGACUAUUCAGAAGUCCCAAAUAGGGCUCUUGGAAAGGAUAGCUGGCUUGCCGGUGCCAGAAGCCCUUCAAAGGUUAAGGACUAGAGGUGCCACACCAAGGUCUCCUGAUGAAGAAAGCUUCGCCAAGCAUCUCUCCAAUGCGAUCCACUCACUACGGAAAAUGGUGGAUGAACCUUCUUUCCAAGAUGCGGUGCUGACGACAUCGAUGGUGCGACUUCCAUUCGGCCUCGACGGCGAUCAGGUAGACGAAACAGUCAUUAUGGCGCUGCGGCUCAAAAUCACACAUCCCGUUUUUUCCACCAGCCCCAACUGCCAAUGGAUGCCGCUUAGCUUCUUCAAGAUGCGGCAAACGUUGGCUCAGUCCCGUCAAGAGUUCAUCCGAGUUCUCCAUGACGAGUUUGAUCCUUUAACGUUGCCUGCAAGCCGGGCGAAUAACAAGCUCACAUCUGGGCCUGUUUCAACAAUGCGCCGACUUAGGAGCGCUGUGACAACAACAGAGUCCAAAGUCAAGAAGUCUGAGAUGACAGUGAUGCGGACCAGAGCUGAAUCGAAAGACUCCGGACGAUCGUCGUCAACAGUCAACUUGUGUCCUCCUGGAGGUAGCGAUGACACCCCUCAAAUACCAGAAACGAUGGACAUUCAACCCCCUACGGAACGCCAUUACUCGGGGUACCAGCAAUCAUUCUUGAAUGGUGGAAUCGUGGUAUUUCAAGAGGUGACAGUUCAGGUUGAAUCAAGAAAACCUGAGCCUCCUCGCGAUGACUUGGCACCGUCGUGGAGUCAUGACACGGUGACUGAGCCACCGUAUGAGAUUGAGUCUCAUCAGCCUGGACUGCCAACGGCAAAGGCGAUUGAGUUACAACCGUUGGGUUGGGGUAAGACUGAUGUUUCUGUCAAGUCACAUCAGUUGAGUGAUAGACAGAUGGAUCAUAAUGUUGGGACAAUAGCGGCUUUCAUUGAUACCUUACUUAUAGAGUUGUAUAUAUCUAGCAUAUAG